CACUGUCAUUGUUGACUUAUCUAUUCUAUAAGCCAACUACUCUACAGAUCAUCCAUUCACCCUUGGUCGCUGAGUUGAAGGGCAGCUCUCUGAAUCCAAUCUCUCAUUCGCUCGUCCAGGAUGGCGGAAGCAACGCCAGACAGUAGCACUCUCAUACGCGAAUUGCAAACUACAGCUCCACCACCCGAAUCGAAACAGGCUCAGUUGGCAGAUCUUAUUGAGCGGGCUUCUGCCAAAGAUGCCAUUAAAGACUAUGACGCUGCUGCAGAGUUAUAUUCUCGGGCGACAGAGCUCCAAGCGGAGCUGAAUGGCGAAAUGUCGGUUGAGAACGCCGACCUGCUAUACUCUUACGGGAAAUCGCUGUACAAUCUUGCCGUGAGGAAAAGCGAUGUCCUCGGCUCAAAAGUCUCCGGCCAAGCAUCCAACCCACCUAGGAGCAUGACGGGAGAUCCUACACCGAGAUCUGAGAUUAGGCAACCAAACGAGUCAAUCAUCGCCCGUGCGAUUGCAGAGGGUUCUACAGUCGAUGAGAAAGCUACGAGAAGCAUAGCUGACAAUGCAAAACCGCAAUCGUCAUCACUUUUCCAGUUUACAGGGGACGAGGACUUUGAUUCGGGUUCUGAUGAGGAGAAUGACGGUGAUGCUGGCGACGGAGCUCAGGAAGAGGAACAGGAGGAUGAAUUUGCGAACGCGUUUGAAAUGUUAGACUUGUCACGCAUACUCUUACUCCGGAAACUGGAAAAUCUGGAGUCGGAGAAGCAGGACGAGGAGCGCAAUGUGAAAGAACGACUUGCAGAUAUAUACGAUUUACAAGCAGAAAUUUGUUUGGAGGCUGAGAGGUUUGAGGAUGCUGUUACCGAUUUAAGGGCCUCUUUGGAGUUGAAAACGGAGCUGUUUCCAUUAGAAGACGCUAGCGUUGCGGAGUGUCAUUACAAGCUCUCCCUGGCUUUAGAGUUCUCAUCCAUAACUCCUGAAAAGGAGGAGAAUGGUCAAGGUACUACCGGCGAGCAGGUCACAAAAGUUGACAAGGAAAAGAGAAACGAGGCAGCAAACCACAUGGAAACCGCGAUUCGGAGUUGCAAAUUAAGGAUAUCAAAAGAACUACAGAAACUUGAAAACAUGGAGGAGGAUACUGUCAACAAAAUCAAAUCGAAUAUUGAAGAUGUCAAAGAAAUUGUUUCUGAUAUGGAGCAACGACUUAUUGAGCUUCGUCGACCUCCAGUGUCUAUAAAUGAUCGCAAUGGCGGUUUCUCAGAUUCUAAUGCUCUCAACGGAAUCCUGAGUCAAGUCCUAAGCCAAUCUUCAGAUACUGAUAAAGCCACUAUGCUACAGGAGGCCAUGAAAGGCGCAAACGACCUUUCGUUGUUAGUCAGGAAGAAGAAACGGACUCCGACAAUGGCGGAAACUUCAGAUGAAGUAGAGUCCUCCGGAAAGCGUCAAUUAGAGCCAGAGGCCGGGACCGCAGACGAGCCCAGCCCAGGCAAAAGGGUUAGACUGGAUCAUGGAGGUUCAGACGAGUAAUAAGUUUUGUGUGUUCUCUUUUCGCGAGGCCGGAGGGCCCCUUGUACUUGUACAAUCAAAUUCCGAUACGCAUCUCUGCAUAUCAUCCACCUUGGCUUUGAAAACUCGAAAUAAGUGGUUAUAACGAUACCCGAAAAUUUUUGCUGGCGACGAUUUUAUGUGGGUGAUGGAUAUUAUCAGUUUUGCGGAGACAAAGGUGUAUUAUUUAGUUGUUUUUUCUUUUUCUGUUAACAUCGGGGGAAAUAUGGAUGGGAUAGGUAAAUUUCCCCAUGCAAAAUGGGAAUGAGCAACAAUUUUGAAGAAUUGAACAAACUAGGACUUCGCUUAAUUAUAUUAAUUUUGACAUCAA